AUGGCGGCGGUGGACGUAGCAGGCGGAGAAGUUCGGAGGAAGAGGGUGGAAUUUCACCCUUCUGUCUGGAACGAUUUCUUCGCCCGCCCCGAUAAUCAUUCUCCGCUGCCGUCCACCCCAGAACUGCUCUCCGCCGCCGACCCGAUAACUUCUCCCGCCACCCUGUCUUCCUGCCAGAUUCGCUCCCCGCCAUGCUGUAUUCCACCCGCGCCGCAUUGA